GUGGACUGACGGGGACCAGCCAUGUCCAACGACUCCGUCCAGAGUGAUCCCGGAGGGCUGUCGGUCCUGGAGCAGCUUGGUCUGGACCAGAACUCCGACUUCUCAGACUCGAGCGUUCAGCAGCUUUUGGACGAGCAGCGGGAAAGAAUCCGAAGGGAGAUUCGUAAGGAGUUGAAGAUCAAGGAAGGGGCCGAAAAUCUGCGAAGAGCGACAACCGACAAGAGGAACGCCCAGCAGGUGGACAGUCAGCUGCGCUCUUCCAGCCGACGGCUGGACAACCUGCACGCUCAGCUGCAGGAGCUGGAUGCUCACAUCGUGGUGAAAGGAGGCGAGGAGAGUAAAGAUGACUGUCCUCGCUCUCCGGGGGCAGAGAGUCGCACGUCAGCUCACAGGGAGCGCAUCGCAGCCCUAGAGAGGCAGCUCAACAUCGAGCUUAAAGUCAAACAGGGAGUUGAGAACAUGAUCCCCAUCUACGCCAAUGGAUCCACCAAGGAUAAGAAAAUGCUGCAAACCGCCCAGCAGAUGCUGCAGGACAGCAAGACUAAAAUCGACAUCAUUCGGAUGCAAAUCCGUAAAGCCGUCCAGGCCACUGAGCACACCGAGGACGCACAGGGGAACCACGACCUCUGCGGGGUGGAGCUGCGCAUCGAAGAGCUCAGGCAUCACUACAGGGUGGAGCACGCUGUCGCCGAGGGGGCCAAGAACGUCCUCAGGCUCCUGGGGGCCAGCAAGGUUCAGGACAAGAAGGCUCUGUCUGAGGCUCAGUCUCGUCUCAGCGAGGCGUCCCAGCGGCUGGACCUGCUGAGGGACUCCCUGGACCAGCGCCUGGCUGAGCUGCCAGAGGACCAUCCCAAGGCCAGCAUCAUCAAAGAGGAGCUGGUCCUAGCCUCUUCACCUGCUUUCAGCUCACGCCAUGGCGCCCCCUAUCUGCAGAACCAGUACAGCACCCUCAACAAGCCCUCGCCUCUCACUGGCAGCCUGCAGGUCCAGCUGCUGGGCUGUGUUGGGCUGCUGGAGGUGGUCCCGGGUCGCGGCAAAGGGACACCAGUCACUCUACCGUGCUACAGCCCCGUAGACACCAAGACCUUCAUGAGAGUCAACAAGGGACUGUACGGACGCACAAGCUCUGUCAGUGGGAGGACUCCCAGCAAAACAGACGAACUGUCCUCCGAGGUGAGUGCAGUGCUGAAGCUGGACAACACAGUGGUGGGUCAAACGGCCUGGAAGACUGUAGGAGAACAAGCCUGGGAUCAGACCUUCACUGUGGAUCUGGAACGGUCCAGAGAGCUGGAGAUCGCCGUUUACUGGAAGGACUACCGCUCGCUGUGUGCGCUCAAGUACCUGAAGCUGGAGGAGUUCCUGGACAACCAGAAGCAUAGAGUUCAGCUGGAGCUGGAGCCCCAGGGCCUGCUGGUGGCUGAGGUGACCUUCUUUAACCCGGUUAUUGAGAGAGCUCCUCGCCUCCAGAGGCAGAAAAAAGUAUUUUCCAAGCAGCAAGGCAAGGCAUUCCUCCGAGCCCGCCAGAUGAAUGUGGACAUUGGGACUUGGGUGAGGUUGCUCCGAAACGCCAUCCCCACCGUGAACAACUCUGGAAAUUACAGCCCCAACGCACACAGCCUCGCUCUAAACUCUGGGGAGAUCUCGGUGGAGAAGCUGAGUCUGGACAGCGACUCUCCAGUCAGAGGAGAUUACAAGCGAGACUCGGACACACACACUUCGGUGAGACAGACAGACAGAGACGACAUAGCGGAGGACCGACUGCCAGUCAUCGAGCCCCCCUCCUCCCAAGACCUGACCCCCGACUCCCCUGCCCGAACCCCAGCUGUUAGCAGACAGAAGAAAGGUCCUCUGUCCCUUCAGGACUUCAGGCUGAUUGCUGUGUUGGGACGUGGACACUUUGGGAAGGUGUUGCUGUCAGAAUACAAGAAGACAGGUACAAUGUACGCCAUCAAAGCUCUGAAGAAGGGAGACAUCGUUUCUCGGGAUGAGGUGGAGAGUCUGAUGUGCGAGAAGCGGAUCUUUGAGAUCGUGAACGUGUCGCACCACCCCUUCCUGGUCAACCUGUUCGCCUGCUUCCAGACUCCGGAGCACGUGUGUUUUGUGAUGGAGUACACGGCAGGAGGCGACCUGAUGAUGCACAUCCACACGGACGUCUUCACAGAGCCCCGAGCCGUGUUUUAUGCUGCCUGUGUGGUUCUUGGACUUCAGUUCCUUCAUGACCAUAAGGUUGUGUACAGAGACCUCAAACUGGACAACCUGCUGCUGGACACAGACGGUUAUGUGAAGAUCGCAGACUUCGGGCUGUGUAAAGAAGGAAUGGGGUAUGGGGACCGGACCAGCACAUUCUGUGGGACUCCUGAGUUUUUGGCCCCCGAGGUGCUCACCGAUACGUCGUACACUCGAGCUGUAGACUGGUGGGGACUUGGAGUCCUUAUUUACGAAAUGCUGGUGGGAGAGUCUCCUUUCCCAGGCGACGAUGAAGAGGAGGUGUUCGACAGCAUUGUGAAUGAUGAAGUUCGCUACCCACGCUUCCUCUCCACUGAGGCCAUCGGCAUCAUGAGACGACUGUUACGAAGAAACCCGGAGAGGAGGCUGGGGUCUGGUGAGAAGGAUGCAGAGGAGGUGAAGAAGCAGGCGUUUUUCAGAAACAUGGACUGGGAGGCAUUGCUGCAAAGGAAGGUACCUCCUCCCUUCGUUCCCUCCAUUGGCAGCAAAGAAGACGUCAGUAACUUUGACGAAGAGUUUACCACUGAACAACCGGCGCUCACUCCUCCACGCGAGCCCCGUGUGCUCACCCGUAAGGACCAGGACAGCUUUCGAGACUUUGAUUAUGUCUCUGACCUCUGCUAGUGAACCUGAAGCCCUCAGACUGUGGAGGAACGUUGGAUUGUUCUUUUUUUUCCAAGGCUAUGGACAGACGGGUUAAACGAGUGACUGUCCACGCUGUCUGCUGUUAGCCACACUGUGAAUGAACGCAGUCUGUUUGGUGUGUCUGCCGCUAACGACUGUGCAAACAAGGUCUAUCAU